AUACUUUUUAAAUGCACUGUAGAUAAUACUACAGUAUAUAUAUUUUUUUUUUUUGUGUUUUUUUUGUUUAUUAAUUUAUUAAAUGUGUUGUAUGUGCAUAUAGUGAAUGCAGGGUCUGAGGAGACCAAAUAUAGUGAAUGCAGGGUCCGGGGAGACCGGAUAUAGUGAAUGCAGGGUCUGAGGAGACCAGAUAUAGUGAAUGCAGGGUCUCCGGGGAGACCGGAUAUAGUGAAUGCAGGGUCUGGGGAGACCGGAUAUAGUGAAUGCAGGGUCCGGGGAGACCGGAUAUAGUGAAUGCAGGGUCUGGGGGAGACCAGAUAUAGUGAAUGCAGGGUCUGGGAGACCAGAUAUAGUGAAUGCAGGGUC